AUGAUGGUAUACUAUUAUCUUUCGAAGGUUCCAGCAGCCUCCCAUCGCAGAAUGGGAGCGGUGCUGUGCAGAACGGCAGCGCUGCUAGGAAAGCGCACUACGACGAUCGACAAUAAAAGACAACUGCAGCUACACUCACAGCAGACAAAGUCCAAGACCUACGAGAAGCCUGCUGUGCCCCGAGGGUGGUCCUUUGACUCUCAGCCUGUUGGGAGCAGUGGUGCGUCGCAUGACAGCUCAGAGGCCAAGGGCGACGAGCAUCCUCGGACCAAGUGGGCCAGCUACUCGCUCUCCCGGAGUGAUGCGCCGCAAGGCCAUCAUGCCGGUUCAGACGCCGCGGCGCACGUCACCAAACGUAGCGAUUCUGCCACUAAUAAGGAAGUACGAAGCCAUGCUGCGGCGCCGGCUGCCGCGAACGCCACUGGCGCCGGUGCAAGCUCCACCAAGAAACCGCGGCGUAAGCUGCGCCCCAAAAAGGCCCUGAUUAAACUAUCCCCCGACGCUCUUGUCCAUUUGAAAGCCCUACUGGAUCAGCCGGAACCGCAGCUAAUAAGGAUUGGGGUCAGGAACCGCGGCUGCUCUGGGUUGACGUACGAUCUACAGUAUAUCAAGGAGCCCGGUGAAUUCGAUGAGGUUAUCGAGCAGGACGGAGUAAAGGUUGUUAUAGAUUCAAAGGCAUUGUUCAGUAUUGUCGGAAGUGAGAUGGACUGGAUAGAUGAUAAGCUUUCGUCUCGUUUCGUUUUUAAGAACCCUAACUCCAAAGGUACCUGUGGCUGUGGCGAAAGCUUUAUGGUCUGA